UUUGAAGUUGAAAUUGCCCAAUAUCAUCAUAUACCCUUGUAUACCGCGGCCGUGCAACGUUCACACCUUUAAAUGAUCAGUCCUGAUUUAUUGAAUGAUUUGUUAGAUUCUCCCAUCUUAGAGCCGCUAUCCGAGUUGACGCCGAUAUCGUUCUCUUAUCGUCCCUCCAGUCAUGUUCCGUCCGACAAGGCCCCGACCAUUCACGCUGUUGUAACGCAGCGAAAGUCACAACUUGCAGCUCUCGACGACCACAUCGACCUUCUGACCCGUGCAUUGGAAAAAUUACAAGGCAUCCAAGCUAGGUUGAAGGAGAAACGGGCCAUUGUGCAAGAGUCAUUUGAAUUCUACCAAGCCCUGGCAUCUCCAGCAUGCUGUUUGCUACCAUCAGAGCUUCUUGGAGAGAUAUUUCUUCGAUGUCUUCCCCAGACAAAUUAUGUUGCACCUUCAUCGGAUGAAUGUCCAAUGGUCUUGACAAGGGUCUGCCGUCACUGGCGAGCGGUUUCCCUGUCCACUCCUCGAUUAUGGGCAUCCUUAAGCAUAUCCUUGCUCAGGGCAGACACAACUGGCGGUGACGAGUACAAGCGCUGGUUAGAAAAAGCCAGCAGUGUUCCGCUGUCCAUUCGUGUGGUGCAUGACAUGGACCUCUCAGAUAGGAAAGAGCCUCUUUCCAUACAAUGGCUCCGACCUUUCUUGGGCCGAUGUUCUGACCUUUGGUGGCAUGGACCUCCCAUCCAAGGUUUAUUGGACAACUCUGUUCAGUCCCUGUCACGCUUUCAGGUCACCUUUCAGAAAGCAAAUUUCCUGGUCUCCAUACCCAGCCCAAUGCCGCGACUCCGUUCUGCGGUCUUGCAAUCCCUGACUUACGAUCUACACUCUCUGCGUUCCAUUGACUUGCCUUGGCACCAGCUUUUGGAACUGAAGAUACAGUUCGCACUGGUUAGCAGUGCUACUUUUCUGCAGAUCAUCGGCCUCUGCACGCAAGUUCAACGGGUCAGCGUUUCCUCCAUAUGUGCGGAUGCAUUGCUACAGGCGGGCCUGCAACCGUCCCCUUUGAUAGGCACGGUGAACCACAGUAUUCAUAAACUUGAGGUCAAUGUUAUCCGCGCCGGCUUGGGUAGCCUUUUCGAAGCUCUGACCCUACCAGCAUUAGAGGAGUUGGUCAUCCGCUUCUGUUCGCCGGAUAGAUAUCCUUGGCCACACGGGCAAUUUUCGGCAUUCGUUACUCGGUCCAGAUGCCCACUCAAGUGGCUCACCAUACACCGCAACAAGGGCGCCGAGUCACACCUCACAGAAUACCUUAAGAUGUUGCCGGGUUUGAAGAUAGUGAUGUGAUCAGGUGAUAAGUAAUGGACUUCAGUUCUGAAAUAUAAAAUUAUAAUUCCAGCAUCGCCUGUUCUAUUUGACUGGACUGUAUCGGCCUUCUUUUGAUCUUAUUAAUUCAUCAUCUCUGAGCCUGACUGUAGAUGUUGUCUGUUGUACAGCAGCGCGCGACUUAUGCAUCACGCAGUCUUACCACAGAAGACCAACAUCCUGGC